AUGCGCGACAUUGCCCGCGAAUUAUUUGGUAAUCUAGGCACUACUCCUUCGCCAAUGGCAAAUGACGCCACCGCGUUCGCUGUCGAUGCAGGAACUGCCCGCGGCCUCAAAGUUUCUCGCCGGUUAUGGAGCAGCGGUCGACUACCGGACAAGCGAUUUGAGCGUUUAGCAUUACGGGGACCAUGCGGGGUGAGGCUGCGUCGAUCUCAUGACGAUAACUCCCCCUGGCAAGAGCAGACAGAAGAACCCGUUCGCAGUCCGCUAAUAGGACACGCGACGCCGCGAAUCGGAAAAUCCGAAAUCCGUCAACGAAAGUUCGCAUCGUUCGGGCGUCGCGAAGUCAGCGUUUCGCGA